UGAUUUGCAGGUGCGAGCCGGAGAUGGAGCCAACUGAGGCAAAGGCCUUGAACGACCGCGGCUGGACACACCUUUGCCAGGGACGCCGCCACGAAGCUUUGGAAGAUUUCUCUCGAGCCAUCGAGCUGGAUGAGGAGUUGGCUGAAGCCUACAACAACCGCAGCAUCGCUCGAAGACUCGAAGGUGUUGAAGGUGCUGCAGAGGAUGAAGACUUGGCAGAUGCCUUGACAAUGCACGAUCUGGAAGCGCAGAUGAAGCUGCGACAGCAGCGGAAGUGGAUGUGCAUCGGUUUCAAUAAUCGAGGAGAACCUGAAGGUGAGAAACUUGCGACGGAUGCCGAUUUCCUGAUUUCCUUUGCAAGUUCAGACAGAGAUGAAAACAAUCGGAUCCUCCACGAACUGAAGACUGGAGUCCACUACGAUGGGAGUCUUCGACCGGUGACCUUCUGCACCGACAAGUCACUGGGGAUGGGGCUCCACAUCAACGAAGCGCAAGAGAUGAAACGCUGGAACCCGAUUUUUUCGGACUUGGAUCAGCCCCGGCAGCCGGGAGAAUAUCCUCCCUGGUUCAAGCACUACAAAGAGGCCGCCGAUGAAACCAGGCACGGACUCCUCAUUUUGCAGCUGACAGAUUCUUAUUUGAAGUCCAAAGCCUGCCGGUGGGAAUUCGGUUACAUACGGAAACCCGAGCUUGUGCACGUCUAUGUGCCCAGUGGCAACAAUUCACCUGGCAGAAUCGUCACAUGGGAGGAGCUCAUGGAAGAUGCCAAGCUUUGCAAGCAACUCUUCGGAGAGGCUUUGGGCCGCACGAUCCAGGGGAACUUGGAUGCAGAAGAUGCCUGUACAAUGCAAGGCACCUUCACGCAACUUGAGAAGAUGGCAAAGACUGCAGAGGAACAGGAACACCAGGCGUGGUGCGAGCUUCCUUUUCGACAGCUGGCUUACAACUUCGCCAGGAACACUUUUGGGGAGGAAAGUGUAGACACCAUGUCGAGCGCAGACAACCUGAUUGUUGUCUUGGGUCAAACUGGAUUUGCAGCCAAAGCCCAACAAAUUGGAAAGGAUUUGUUGGAGAAAAAGGAGAAGAAAUUUGGCAAAGACCACUUAAACGGAGCCAUAACUUUGGGAAAUCUGGGCAGUGCGCAUGGAGACCUGGGUGACUACAGCCAAUCAAAAGACCUGCUCGAGCGUGCCCUGAGAAUCGAGGAGCAGCACUACGGGAAAGAUCAUCCCGAAGUAGCCAAGACUUUGGCAAAUCUGGGCAAUGCCCAUGGAAGCUUAGGCGACUCCAGGCAGCAGAAGGACCUGCUCGAGCGUGCCCUGAGAAUCCUGGAGCAGCACUGCGGGAAAGAUCACCCCGAAGUAGCAGUGACUUUGACAAAUCUGGGCAAUGCGCAUGGAGACCUGGGUGACUACAGGAAGAAGAAGGACCUGCUCGAGCGUGCCCUGAGAAUCAACGAGCAGCACUACGGGAAAGAACAUCCCGAAGUAGCAGUGACUUUGACAAAUCUGGGCAGGGCGCAUGAAAGCUUAGGCAACUACAGGCAGCAGAAGGACCUGCUCGAGCGUGCCCUGAUAAUCAAGGAGCAGCACUACGGGAAAGAACAUCCCCAAUUAGCAGUGACUUUGACAAAUCUGGGCAAUGCGCAUGGAAGCUUAGGCGACUCCAGGCAGAAGAAGGACCUGCUCGAGCGUGCCCUGAGAAUCGAGGAGCAGCACUACGACGGGAAAGAUCAUCCCGAAGUAGCAAUGAUUUUGGCAAAUCUGGGCAAUGCGCAUGGAAGCCUGGGCGACUACAGACAGAACAAGGACCUGCUCGAGCGUGCCCUGACAAUCCUGGAGCAGCACUACGGAAAAGAUCAUCCCGAAGUAGCAAUGACUUUGACAAAUCUGAGCAAUGCGCAUGGAUACCUGGGCAACUACAGCCAGCAGAAGGACCUGCUCGAGCGUGCCCUGAGGAUCCUGGAGCAGCACUACGGAAAAGAUCAUCCCGUAGUAGCGAUGACUGUGUUCAAUCUCAGCGUAGCUCAUGAUUCUCUGGGAAACCUUUGCCGAGCAAAGGAGUUGGCGGAGGGUGCUGUCAAGAUCUUCGUGCAGCAUGGCAGCCCCUAUGCAGAGCAAGCUCAGCUUUGCCUGGCAGAUAUGGAGAUGAAGAUGAUGCCCUCAGCGAGGCCCUCAGUGAGGCCCUCAGUGAGGCCCUCAGUGCUGAGGGGCCUCGUGGAAGCGGACGACGAAGAUUUGCAGAACGCUUUGGCUCUUUCGUUAGAACCCGAGGACGACGAAGAUUUGCAGAAAGCUUUGGCUCUUUCGUUGGAACCAUUGGAGGACCGCACUGGCGCAGAGUUGGGAUCACUUCUGACAUGGUACAAGAAAGUGUUCCGCCAUGGAAGCGCGCAAUUCACUAUCCUUAGGAUGUUGAGGAUCCAGAACUUCGAGAAGCUCUGGCACUUUCCAUGUCGCCCCUGCACGCAGGAGGCGCACAACUUGUCACAUUCAAUCGGGCAAUUUGGGCCAUUGCCAGAUCUCAAAGGGAUCUUGGAUGAUCUUGGAAAAGAUCAGAUGUCCGAAAAAGAGCUCACCAAGGGCGCCAAGAGGAUCCUGGACGAUACCGAAGAGAACACUUGUGGCUUCGCAUCCUGCUUCAUCUGGGAUCAAGAUGGUCCUGCCGCCCAGUUGCGCAGCACUGGCUGUUUCCCGUCUCAAGUCGCAGCCUUGCUGAAGCAGGCAAAGGCCUUGAACCGCCGCGGCUGGGAGCAGCUUUGCCAGGGACGGCACCACGAAGCUUUGGAAGAUUUUUCUCGAGCCAUCGAGCUGGAUGAGGAGUUGGCUGAGGCUUACAACAACCGCGGCAUCGCUCGAAGACUCGAAGGCGUUGAAGGUGCUGCAGAGGAUGAAGACUUGGCAGAUGCCUUGACAAUGCACGAUCUGGAAGCUCACAUGCGGCUGCGACAGCAGCGGAAGUGGAUGUGCGUCGGUUUCAAUACUCGAGGAGAACCUGAAUGUGAGAAAGCUGCCGCGGAUGCCGAUUUCCUGAUUUCCUUUGCAAGUCCAGACAGAGAUGAAAACAAUCGGAUCCUGCGUGAGCUGAAGACGGGAGUCAACUAUGGGCACUCACGAUCCUCCAGCCGUCCGGCCAGCCCAGCGGCGGGCAAUCUUCCAGUGGUGCGGAGGAGGCUACAAGUCUCACCGCAAUACAAUGACAUGCGCAAGCAUGCGCAGCACUUUUGGUCAUCACAUCCUCGUCGACUUUUGGUCCCUUUGUUCUUUGGAAAUUUCACGAAGGCGGGCAAUUCUGCUGCUGCUGCGCAGGGCUGCAAUUUUCAGAGCAACAGAGCAGCACGCGUCAUUCACAGCGAAGCGGAUGUGCUCACUGCGCAGGCUGCCCGCCUACAUCUGCUCAUCAGCCAAGGUUGGUUUACAUGGCGCCUUCUCACAAGGGCACACCUGUCUGAGAUGGACUUUUUGAAGCCUUUGGAAGACAUGGUGGCCCUUUUCUUGCCGCAGUUGCAACACACAUUUGGACAGAAUAUUUUGCAGGUAGCACAAGCAGCAGGCAUGCGCUGCGAUGUGGUGGUCCUCGAUGGCAAUGCCAAGAAUCGGAGGGCUGUGUGUGCAGCAGCUUUGGCCGGUUCCUCCCAUUCUGAGCAUCUCCCGCGCACCUUGCGCCACACCUGCACCAGGAAGCCGGCCUUCCGCCAUGCUUUUUGCCGUUGGCAUUGCGAAGGACCUACGGACGGAGAAGAUCACCUUCAGGUGCAAGGGCUGGGUCAUUGUCAUUUGUGUUGCUUUCUUCUGGCUGAAAGAAUGUGCCCUUGUCUUAGACCCCAACUUCAGGAUGUGGAGAUUGUGCACCACAAGGUGGUCAAUGAUGGGCAGCAGCUUAUGGUUUUGCUGAAAGAGACCAUGGAGCCUCAGAGAGAGGCCUGGGUUUCGGAUGCAUGUGUCCCUGCAGCAGUUUUGUCGAAAUAUGUGCGACAAGUAGGCCAAGAAAAGCUCAAGCCUCGCAAGCGGUCACAUGAGGAUCAGUCGCAAAGCCUUGGCGAAGCAUCUUCUCCAUUGCCAUCAGCUUCUCGGCCUGCGGGGACAAACAGUCCUGCAGACCUGCAGCAGCUCUCAGACUCCACAGACCUCAUGUCGGUCACCUGUUCUACACACAAAGAAAGCACAGCUGCCCAAAAGCAGCUUAAAAAGUCUGCCGGAAUGCUGUGCGCGUGUUUGUCGGACGGUGUAAUCUUGCACAUGCAAGAGAUCUAUGGCUGCGAAUCUCUAAGCCAGCGAUACGUCUGCGUUGCCGCCGUCAAGGCAUUGAUGCCGAAGACUUGUGAUCCGGACCUGCCGGAACAUGCUUCUGUUCUGAAAGGGAUUAGAACAUCAGUGUGCGAGUUUACAUUCACUUGGCUCAGCAAGUAUAAGCACCAAACAAAGCACAUGAAUGAGUAUGGCUUCAAAUUCUUCCUCUUGGACAUGGCGUGGAGCCACAACGAAAUCAUUUUGCAAGGAGGUUAUCGGCCAGAGGAAGUGGCAGGCCACGCAGAAACCCUGGGGCAAGUCAUCCUGAAGGCAGUGGAAUCAAGAUUGGAAGAGAGCUUGCCAGAGCCGGCAGUGCAAGAUGGAUUGCCAGGUGGGCCUUCCGGAGAGCUUCGAAGGUAUUUGCGGCCAAAAAUACUUUUAGCUACAGUGGCCAGCUCCAUGCCAGAAGAAUGGUUUCAUCGUUGCUCCGGAGACUGGGACCAAGUCCGGAACGCGGACAAGUUGCCAGGUGACUUCUUGGGCCGGUGUUGGUACGACAAGGCAAAACCGAAGGUGAACCCGUACCAGAGCGCUUUCAACAAGCUGCUGCAAUUCGGCUCCAGCGUCAGAGAAUGGCGCGAGGCCGGCUUCGCAGAUGCAGGCGUCGUGCAGCUCACGCAAAAUGCUGCCUCGGAGUACGUGCCAUCAGAAGAGGGAUACCCAGUUAGGCUUUUGUAUGGCAAGCUCAGCCGGCUCCGUUUCAAGCGUGACCAAUCCGCUCCAAACGGCUUUGAGGCAGAGUGGAGAGCAGCCAACCGCAACUUUGCCAUUCCUGAGGAAUGUUCCAUUCAUACGGCAGUGGCCCGACUGACGGGAUACUUCUCAGAGCCGCGCCAAGUCAUCACUCUCACUGCGGAAGCAGAGUCGUGGCACUUGUCCUACCAGGGCGCCAUGAAUGUUCAGAGCCAUGUCGUUCGUGAGUCUGGGGACGUGCAAGCUGGUGCUCGUUUUGGUGCAGCUCCUUGGCAAGUAGGCGUCCUGGCAGCCUUGCUCUUGGUAUUCGAGAUCUUCGUUGGGGCCCAUUCCGUUGAAGCUCUUCAAGCAAAAGCUUUGCAGGUCACUUCUCAGCAUUUGCAACGUGCCUACGCUGUUCUCCAGCUCGUUCAGAGGUUGAAGCAGAUUGCACUCGGGGAUGCUGCCACAAGCCCAGACAAUGCCCCGCCGCUGGAACAAGAGGCUUCCUUUGAUGUGGGCUCUCUACGUGUUCCGUAUGAUGAACAUGCUUUUGCAGCUGCAACGCAGCCGCGGAGACCAGUCGAUGAGAGUGAGGAUGAGGAUGAUGAAGGGGACGCGGGAGAAGUUGACAUGGAGCCACCCGAAGAGCCUGCUGAACACAUGGCCCAGCCGCCCCAGCCACCCCAACCCAUGGAUACGGAACCCGCAGCUUUGACUCUGCGAGAUGUUCGUGCCAGUGAUUAUGGUUUUGUUGACAAUGGACUUUCUGUGGGCCUCCGCAGCCGCCACUUGACCAACAGGGCAAUGUUGAAGCAAACGCUUCUGACAGGGAAGCCCAAGGUCACGCGCAAGGAGGCUUGUGACAAGAUGCGCAGCUCCCGACAAGCAGGUCGCAAGGCUUUACCCAAGGAAAAGUGGACUGCUGUGAUGAUGGCAGCUUCCGCGGGGCAGCAUCCAAACCUAUUGCGCCUGGAAGGUGAGACAUUGUGCUUGCAUGCGCAGGUCAUACCUGACACUUCCGAUGGCAAGGUGCGGUACCACAACGAUCUCAUGAAAGCCUGCGGCCUCACCUUGCGGGAGCUGAUCGCAGCCAUGAACAAGACAACUGAGGCAUCUGAGAAGUCCGAGCAAGACCGCCGUGCAAAACGCACCAGGUACAGCGCACAGGCAUCGCCAAACCAUACUUCCGCCACAGCAGAAGUUGCCUCUCUUCAAGGCAAAGAGGCAGCUGCGGUAGACGGCCUGAAGCAGAGCAGCCGUCAAGUGCACGCAGCGCAAGCUCUGGAAGAGUCGGCUGCGCGACCGGUGACCUUCUGCACCGACAAGUCACUGGGGAUGGGGCUCCACAUCGAAGUGCAAGAGAUGAGACGCUGGAACCCGAUUUUCUCGGACCUGGAUCAGGACCUGGAUCAGCCCCGGCAGCCGGGAGAAUUUCCUCCCUGGUUCAAGCACUACAAAAAGGCCGCAGAAGAAACCAAGCAUGGACUCCUCAUUUUGCAGCUGACCGAUUCAUAUUUACAGUCCAAAGCCUGCCGGUGGGAAUUCGGUUACAUACGGAAACCCGAGUUUGUGCACGUCUAUGUGCCCAGUGGCAACAAUUCACCUGGCAGAAUCGUCAAAUGGGAGGAGCUCAUGGAAGAUAUUGAGCUUUGCAAGCAACUCUUCGGAGAGGCUUUGGGCCGCACGUUCCAGGGGAACUUGGAUGCAGAAGAUCCCACAAUUCAAGGCACCUUCAUGCAACUUGAGAAGAUGGCCGAGACUGCAGAGGAACAGGAACACCAGGCGUGGUGCGAGCUACCUUUUCGGCAAUUGGCUUACAACUUUGCCAGGAACACUUUCGGGGAGGAAAGUGCAGACACCAUGUCGAGCGCAGACAAGCUGAUUGCUGUCUUCCUUCAAACUGGAUUUGCAGCCAGGGCCCAACAAAUUGGAAAGGAUUUGUUGGAGAAAAAGGAGAAGAAAUUUGGCAAAGACCACUUAAACGUAGCCAUAACUUUGACAAAUCUGGGCAGUGCGCAUGGAGACCUGGGCAACUACAGGCAGCAGAAGGACCUACUCGAGCGUGCCCUGAGAAUCAAAGAGCAGCACUACGGGAAAGAACAUCCCGAAGUAGCAUUGACUUUGACAAAUCUGGGCAAUGCGCAUGGAAGCUUAGGCGACUCCAGGCAGCAGAAGGACCUGCUCGAGCGUGCCCUGAGAAUCCAUGAGCAGCACUACGGGAAAGAACAUCCCGCAGUAGCCAUUACUUUGACAAAUCUGGGCAAUGCGCAUGGAGACCUGGGCGACUCCAGGCAGAAGAAGGACCUGCUCGAGCGUGCUCUGCGAAUCAAGGAGCAGCACUACGGGAAAGAUCAUCCCGAAGUAGCAGUGACUUUGGGAAAUCUGGGCAAUGCGCAUGGAGACCUGGGCAACUACAGCCAACAGAAGGACCUGCUCGAGCGUGCCCUGAGAAUCAAGGAGCAGCACUACGGGAAAGAUCAUCCCGAAGUAGCAGUGACUUUGGGAAAUCUGGGCAAUGCGCAUGGAGACCUGGGCAACUACAGCCAACAGAAGGACCUGCUCGAGCGUGCACUGGUAAUCAAGGAGCAGCACUACGGGAAAGAUCAUCCCGAAGUAGCAGUGACUUUGGGAAAUCUGGGCAAUGCACAUGGAGGCUUGGGCAACUACAGCCAGCAGAAGGACCUGCUCGAGCCUGCCCUGAGAAUCCUGGAGCAGCACUACGGAAAAGAUCAUCGCGAAGUAGCCAUUACUUUGACAAAUCUGGGCAAUGCGCAUGGAGACCUGGGCGACUCCAGGCAGCAGAAGGACCUGCUCGAGCGUGCCCUGAGAAUCAAGGAGCAGCACUACGGGAAAGAUCAUCCUGAAGUAGCAGUGACUUUGGUGAAUCUGAGCAAUGCGCAUGAAAGCUUAGGCGACUACAGGCAUCAGAAGGACCUCCUCGAGCGUGCCCUGAGAAUCGAGGAGGAGCACUACGGGAAGGGUCAUCCCGAAGUAGCGAUUGUUGUGUUCAAUCUCGGCGUAGCUCAUGACUCUCUGGGAGAUCUUCGCCGAGCAAAGGAGUUGCUGGAGCGUGCUUUCAAGAUCUUUGUGAAACACGGCAGCCCCUAUGCAGAGCAAGCUCAGCGUUGCCUGGCACAGAUGGAGGUGAAGAUGACAGUGAGGCCCUCAGUGAGGCCCUCAGUGCUGAGGGGCCUCGUGGAAGCCGCCCGAAGAACCCUCCAGGAGACGAAGAUUUGCAGAAAGCCUUGGCUCUUUCGUUAG